AUAUCAGUUCAGUUCAGUGAGAGCACGAUUCAGAGAAAGAAACUAGCACUGUUGAAACAAAAGAUUCUUCAUUUGAUCUUGUGUUAUAUAUUACAACAAAAUCAGGUUCAGAGAAGACCACGGUGAUGUUAGGAGUAACAACAAUCCUCCUCGUUCUGUUGGCUUUGAGUUUCCCGGGUUGUGCUGAAGGUGGAUGGCGUGACCUAACGGGUGGAAAAGGAAAAUGGACUGGCAGUGACAACAAGUGGAACCUCCGUUUUCCGAACAUGAACAAUGGCAUAUGGCACUACGGGCCAACACGAAUCUGGACAACACCUGUUAACUCAGACCACUACGAGAUAACAAGCAGAGUCACCAUGACAGCGUUCCAAAGUGGCUGUGGACACGUCUUCAAGUAUAAAACAGGAAGCCGUAGGACACGAAGCAUGGUGACUAAAGCCUGGGGUUACUUUCUCUGGGACCGCAAGUAUCUGUAUAUCGCGAGUAAUGGUAAGGAAAGCUAUCCAACGGUCAACUACAAUUAUCGAUUAGGACGAUGGUACAACCUGAAGUCUGUUGUCAAUGGCACCCAGGUCAAGAUUUACAUUGACAACAAACUAGUCAAACAGGUUACUAUGACUGGCGCAGGCGCAGCUUCAAAAACCAACAACUAUGUGGGCCUUUGGUGUCAUGUCAACACUGCUUGCAAAGGAGAGAACUUUAAAGUUAAAAAUUUGCGGGCAGUACGCAAUAGGAAUCUCAAUAACCAGCUCAAGUGCUUCAGCAAUCACAUGCAGAUAAAAAUACCCAAAACAUCGCUGCCUUUUGCACUCGCUAAGGACUUGCGACUGAACAAACCGUCAUGUCGCGCUACUGAAGAUAACAAGAACUUCUACCUCAAGACAGGCUUUGAUCAGUGUGGAACCAAGAUCAGCAAAACCACCAAAACAAUCACCUAUAGCAACCAUGUACUUGGACGACCGCUGAAAAAUAGUGCAGUCAUCAGCCGCAUUCAUGACAUCAACAUAACGAUAUCGUGUUCGUAUCCACGUCAACGAGAGAUGACGUCAUCGCAUAUACAGCCCGAUAAAACCAAAUACGUCAGCGCAUUCCAUUCCAAGGGCAAGUUCAACUUCACUUUGAAUCUGUUUCCCAGCAGCCAGUUCAAAAAGCCAUACAAGAAGUUUCCUAUUGAGUUGCAUUUGCGUCAAGUGAUUUAUGUCGAGGUGGCUGUGAAGUCUGCGAGGAAAGAGCUGUCAGUAUUGGCUCAGCAAUGCUAUGCUACCCCCUCUAAGAAGAAUGGUCGCGGUGCACUCAAACAUUGGUUGAUCAAAAAUGGUUGCGCCAUGGAUUCAACGCUGAAGUACCUCAGGUCACCCACUAAAAAUUUGCAGAGGUUUAGUGUCCAGGGUUUUCAUUUUCUCGGUAAACACCGCCAUGUCUAUUUUCACUGUAACGUGAUUGCCUGUAACGGAAAUGACGCCAAAAGUGUGUGCUCACGUGGUUGCAACAAGAAAAAGAUCGGCAAGCGUAAUGCGGAGGGCAGUGAUGCAGCAGUUAUGCUUUCCCGAGGACCACUCGCUACCAGAGAMAACAAGAUAGCAGAGGUGCUUGGUCACGAGAUUCAACCCCAUUCACAAGAUACUAUG